GUAUGGCUGUUGGUUCUUAAAUUUACCUAUAAACCUGGUAUGUGGUAAUAUUGAAUAAAAUGUUAGUUCGUCUGUUGUGAUGUACAUAUAAUUAGUUCAAGUUUUAUUUGUGACAAACAAGCCUACCAAGAUGUGUAUUUCCUGCGAAAUGGACGAUAAGUGGCCUCCAUUCAUAGAGUUUAUGAUUUGGUUCCUUCUGAUGGGAUUAAAUGUUGGUAACCACUUUGGAGUAUGGUUGGUUGUGAAGUCAGAUAUAAUUGAUAUAACUCCUCCACUUUAUAAAAAUGCAACCCUGCCAAAUGUAACUAGUGAAUUGAACGAAACGCUUGCUACUACAAUAGCUACCUCAAUUAUGACAAAUAUCAACACCACUGUGAAGACAUUGACCAAUGAAACCUUAGUUCUUGACAAAACAGCUAAACAACAGUGGGAAAAAUUGAUUGAGUUCAGGCUCAUGUUUUUAGGAUUUUGUGGAGUUGGAGCUGCAUUCUUUUUUCUGCAUAUUUCGGCAUUAUUGCCUAAUUUGAUACAAAGCUUUCGAGUUCCAGAUCCGUUGGCUCUCAAAGAUUCAGACAGUCCAUACUUCAGUAAUGUGCUUAAAAUUCACUCACUGAUGCUAAUUUUAGAAUCUAUAUUCUUUGAUAUACCUGCUGGCUGCUUAGUGAUGGAAAUGCUGUCGUUAAUUUGGGAGGGUCCUUUAGGAGAGGCUAAAAAUAUGGAGGUUACGAAAAUGAUAUUGGCGCUGUCCCUGAUUGGUUUAGCAUUCAUAGCACUUUAUAAAGGAAUGAUGCCCUUGUUUUUAUGGAUUGGAAACCCGUUUUGUUUCCCAUGUAUUCCGUUACGCCUACUUGUUGUAUUCCCUGGUGGAUUGAUUGCGCUCGUGAUGACAUUUGGCCCUUGCAUGGGUGUGGCAAAAAACAGAUUGCUUCAGUUUGCACCUGCAGUUUUGCAAGCUGAGAUUGGUGAUUUAGCUAAUACCUUCUUCUCGAUUGGAAUGAUAUUCUGGGGUGUGUUUCUCAUUGUGAUGUUGAUGACAGCGUGCUGUUGGUACAAGUUUUGUCGAGAGGGUGCUGAUGCUGACAUCUGUAGCGUGUGCUGUUAGAAGAAUGUGCGAUAGAAACAUUUUCACCGGGCAUGGUGACAACUGACUCCCAAUUUUCAUACAUGUUGAGAAAUGAGCGUUUGUUUUUUUUGUUUUAACUCGUUAAGAUUUAAAAUAACCUUAAGGGUACUAAUUUUAACAGGUAGACAUUUUCGCGGGAGGUAAAAAUAUAAAUAUUUGCGAUUUUUAAUUUUGGCGGGUGAUUAUUUUUAAAAAGUUUCGCGGGUAUUAAUUUUCCUGGAUGACAUUCACUAUAUUUGCUUUUACUGAUCCUUUGUGGUUACAAAAUUUCGCGAAUUUAGCAUAAAUCCGCAAAAAGCGUGAAUAUUAAAUAUGCGCAAAGUUAGUACCAUUCAGGUAAAUAUGAAUGCAAUGUUUAACCAUUAAACCCCUGUUAACAUACAAUGGUCUCGGUUGGCUGAGUUUUUGUAUUCCUAUUUCUUAUAAAGAGGAUUUGUUAAAUAAACUUAGUUUUACAAACAAUGCCGACAAUGUGAUUCUAAACAAAAAGAAGUCGGUACGAAUGGUGUCAGAAAAUGUACAUAGAAAGUACCCCAUUCGCAGAUUUUCACGCGGAUCAAUUUUCGCGCAAUAGCAAUGUGAAGGUAUCUCGCGCGUAUUAAUUUAAGCGAAAAUGGAAAGGAAAAGAUAGUAAAAUUUAACUUUUAAAUAUAAUAGUGAUUAAAGCACCUUUUAAUUCUGUUUCUUGAGAAAAAACUAUACUUUAGCGUGUUAUUUCUGUAUUAAAUUCUGCACACUAAAGAACGUUUCCGCGCAAAAAUUACUACAAAUAUGGAAAUAAUUGAAUUAGCUACUUAUGUACUAUGUACUGAAUAUUUUUAAGCUGUUAACAAUCUCGUAGCAUAAGGUCGAGUUAUUAUUUAAUCAGGGUCUAUUCUCCACUGGAAAUAAGUUUUCUCUACUGCGCAAACAUAGAGAUGAUAUUCAGCCGAUCAAUAUUCCUUCAAUUAAAUGCACAAGAACUUUUACUCAGUGGAGAAUGGCUUAAUGUUGGGAAAAUUUUUAUUGUCAUUUAAAUGUAUCGUAAUAUUUAACCAUUGAUAUCUGUUUCAUGUUUAAAUUUUUUUAGUACGUGACGUGACUAACAGUUUUAGUGCUAGAAAAUCUUUUUUGAAUGGUAUGGCCAAACUGACCCUAAUAGUCAGAUCAUAACAGACCAUGAUUUAUCUGAUGUUCGUGUAUCUAUAGAUUGUAAAUAAAUUUUUAUUUAUGUUUCACUACAUAUAAAUUUUCUUUACCUCACACCAGUCAACUAAAGUGUUUUACUUGUUUCUUAUUUUAUACAGAGAGUCAUAGCCUUUUCUCUGCAAUAUUAGAAUUUGCUUAACGUUGGCGUUUUUAAUUUUUUUUACCAUAUUUUUUUUUAAAUUCAAGUUCCGUAUUUUUUUCUAUCUUUCGAAUAUCUUUAAAAAAUCAAAAAAAAUCCAUAUCGCCAACUUCUUUUGUUAGUAGUUUUUUUAUAAUAUACGACGUAAUGAAUUUUUUGUUAGUGUAAUAAAGUGCUAGAGAGUAACUGUUAAUUUUUAUUAAACUCUUGUGAUUUUACCUUACUCGACUUCUCGUGUACUGUGCAAUAUUUUCGCACAAAAUUUUCGAGAAUAUGUAUAAAAUCUGUGCAAAACAUGUGGAUUGCCUCUGA